AUGUCGACGAAGACGCAAUCGAGCGCGUCGACGAAGCUCGCCAAGCUUAAUGAGAGAUUCUCAAAUUUCUAUCGAGACCUCGAGGCAGAGAAGACGCACCGCCGCGCCGUGGAGCACGAUCGCAUGCACGGCAUCGAGGAACGUCUCGACGUCCUCGAGCGCGAGUUUAAGUCGCACGCGGAGCGCCAGAGAGGCGCGGCGAGAGAGGCGACGAGUAAAAUCGAGGAACGGGUGAAAGAUUUGGAAGCGCGGUUGACGCAACGCGCGGCGGCGACGGAGGAGCGAUUGUCGCAGAGCGUGAGCGCGUUGACGAAAGCGAUAGAGAGCGUGCAUGAGGCGUUGACGGCGGAGGUUGCGAAUCGAAAGGACGACAUGGAGGUGCAGGGAACGAACUUGGGGAGGCGGGCGGAGGAUUUGGGGAGCGCUCUGGACGAGGAGCGGUUGGCGAGACUCGAGCGCGAGGCUGAGCUCAUCGCGCGCGUUGGAAGCGAAAUGAAUGAGGUUAGGAUGCGCGUCGAGGCAGAGAAGAACACGAGAGAGAGCGCGAUUGGGAAACUGGCGGCGUCGGUGGAGGACGUGCGGCACCUAUCGUCCGUCGGUGAGGGCGACUUCCACGCCGUGGUCCUGGAGGAGUUGAGUGCUCUGAAGACGCAGCUCAAGCAAGAGCGCGCCGAGCGCAUGGAAGAGGACGAGCUCAUCGUUCAAGCCGUCGGAGAGUACUCCAAGAGCAUUCAAAACGGCCUGCGAAUCGCGAAUGCUUGA